UGUCACAAGCAGCGCAGACACAGCUACACAGACCACAACCUGCCCAGCCCAAGAGAGGAGAAAUUGCUGCACAUUUUCACACAAAAAAAACUGGGAACUUCUUCUUCAGAGAUCUGACAGAGACACAGGAGUGCCCCCAGUUUCUUUCUUUUCAAACCCUGGACAGAGGAGACUGACGACCUCUUUCCCCCAGUAUGGCGGCCUGGGAUCUGUCAGUCACAGUGGAGGACCUGGGGUCUGAUGCGCCACCUGUCACCGUCAGCGUGGCCUCUGACCUCCACGUCGGAGGGGUCAUCCUGAAGCUGGUGGAAAAGACACAAAUACAGCGUGAUUGGUCGGACUAUGCACUGUGGUGGGAGCAGAAGCAGCGGUGGCUGCUGCGAACAGCCUGGACUCUGGAGAAAUUUGGCAUCCAUGCUGACGCCCGGCUGCACUUCAUGCCUCAACACAAGCCCCUAAAGCUGGGCCUGCCCAACGGCGUCACCCUGAGGCUCCGAGCCUGCUUCUCCAGCCCCGUCUUCCAGACAGUGAUGGGCAUCUGCAGAAUGCUCAAUAUUCGUCACCCCGAGGAGCUCUCGCUCCUUCGGCCCGUCGAGGAGAAAAAGAAGAAGAAAGAUAAAAAUGCGGCUGAGGAGAUCUACGACCUGACCGAGGUGCCGCUCUCCUCGGUAUCUCGGCCCUGUCUGUAUAACGGCAUGCCGGCUCACUUUGCCGACUCACCUCAGAUGGAGGCCAUCUACAAGAUGCUGUCAGUCACCCAGCCUCCGCCCGCCCCCGAGGUCAUAGCUAAGCAGUACCGCCCAGCAAGCGUGGUGGACAAGGCCCACAUCCACGGCAGGUGGUUGGAUUCCUCCCGUUGUCUCAUGCAGCAGGGCAUCCAAGAAAAUGACAAACUCUGGCUCCGCUUCAAAUACUUUGCCUUCUAUGACAUAGAACCCAAGUACGAUGUCGUGCGUCUGACUCAGCUGUAUGAGCAGGCACGCUGGGCCAUCCUGCUGGAGGACAUUGACUGCACCGAGGAGGAGAUGAUGCUGUUUGGAGCUCUACAGUACCACAUCAGUAAGGUGUCUCAGUCAGAGCCCCAGAUGCUGACUGCCAGUGCAGCCAUGGACGACCUGGAGUCCGCCCUGCAGUCCCUGGAGGUCAAGAUGGAGGGAGAGGGCAGCUCCGCCUCAGAGAUGCUGGAAAACAUGACAGCCCCAGAACUCAACGACUAUCUGAAGAUAUUCAGGCCAAAGAGGCUGACUCUGAAGGGAUAUAAGCAGUACUGGUUCAAGUUCCAGGAUACCUCCAUCUCUUAUUUCAAGAGCAAAGAGGAGAGCAUUGGAGAGCCCAUUCAACAGAUUAACCUCAAAGGAUGUGAGGUGGCUCCGGACGUUAACGUGACUGCACAGAAGUUCCUAAUCAGACUCCUGAUACCGGCGCCUGAGGGCAUGAACGAGGUCUAUCUGCGCUGUGAAAACGAGCAGCAGUACGCUCAGUGGAUGGCUGCGUGUCGACUGGCCUCCAAAGGCAAGAGUCUGGCCGACAGCAGUUUCCAGAGUGAGAUCCAGAGCAUCCGCUCCUUUCUGGCUAUGCAAAAGACCAGCUCCGGUUCCCAUGGCAACGCACCUGCCAACGAUGAAAGCAUCAAUACUCACAGUCUGGUGUCACCACGCUACCACAAGAAGUACAAAGCCAAACAGCUGACCCCUCGGAUCCUGGACGCAUACCAGAAUGUGGCUCAGCUCUCACUGACAGACGCAGUGAUGCGCUUCCUGCAGAUCUGGCAAGCCCUGCCCGACUUUGGGCUCUCAUACGUCGUUGUCAGGUUUAAGGGCAGCAGGAAAGACGAGGUACUGGGCAUUGCUCCCAACCGACUGAUCCGCAUCGACCUGGCCGUGGGUGAUGUGGUGAAGACCUGGCGCUACAACAACAUGAAGCAGUGGAACGUCAACUGGGACAUACGACAGGUGGCCAUAGAGUUUGAAGGCAACAUCAACAUCGCUUUUGGCUGCGUGACUGCCGACUGCAAAAUCGUUCACGAGUUCAUCGGAGGCUACAUUUUCAUGUCAACACGCAGUCGUGCGCAGACCGACACUCUCAACGAGGAGCUUUUCCACAGGCUGACCGGCGGACACGAUGCUCUUUAAGACUAAAGGACACAAAAACAAAAACUGUCUCAACAGUGGAAAACCACCGUGGAGUAGGAUUUCAUGUUCCUUUAACAAAAACAUUAGUACUGUACAACAAUUAGUCAAAAUAAGAUAUUAUGUUCAUGUCAGUCCAUUUAAGUUUUUAUAUAGCCUUCAUUAUAGACACACACACAGACACACACACACACACACACACACACACACGGUCACAAGUUACAUCAGUUGAUGGCCAACACAUUCAGACAGUUCAGGACUCUGGUGGUCCCCAUGCUGACUUCCCCUUUACUUCAGGAGAUGGACAGCUGCUGAGUCAAACUGCUGGACAUCUGCUCCAGGAUCAGCAGGAUUGACAACCAAACUCGUGGAAAUGUUAAAUCAACGGUUGCAUCAGCCAGCAGCAACUUUUCUGUUUCGCCUCAAAUAUCCAGACUUCCUGUCCCUCGGGACAGAAAGCCUCGCUUUGUCCAGAGCUGCGGCCGUAUUGCCAGCAGCCACAUUAUCACAGCCAAGAAUCAAAAGCAAUGAGUGAAAAAAAACACAUGCCAGUAUGAAAUGUUUUCUCAAUAAACUUAUGGAUAACAAACAUUUAUUAAAAUAAAUACAGCAGUUCACUUUUAA